AUGUUAAGUUGGAGACUAAACGAGGCCGGUGAAGUGGGCUUUGCCGAGACCGGGUUAGCCUUGGACUUUGGGCUGGUGACCGUCGAGUUUGCGAGGUCGGCAAAAAAGGAUCCUCCCCGGGAAGACGACAUCUUAAAAGGCGCUCUCGAGGUGACAAUUGCUGGGGAUGCUUGUUCACCCGAUAUGGCGUAG